AUGAAUCAAAGCAAUCAGAUUGUACAUGAGUUCAUUAUGGUUGGUUUCCCAGGAAUUCAGGACAGAUACAGCAAAAACAUUCUUUUUGGAGUCCUGCUGUUGGUGUAUCUUUGUAUCGUUCUUGGUAAUCUCCUUAUAAUGUUUGCUUAUCUGUCUGACCAGACCAUGCACACCCCCAUGUACAUGCUGAUAUUUAGCCUUGCACUGUUAGAUUUGAUGAGCUCCACCACGACGGUUCCUAAACUGCUGUCUAUUCUCACCUUAGAAUCUGCCAUGAUUUCCAUCACCGCCUGUUUCACUCAGAUGUUCCUUUAUGGAAUUCUCAAAGCUGCCGAGUCCUUUCUCCUUGGGCUUAUGGCUUAUGACCGAUACCUCGCCAUCUGUAAGCCUCUACACUAUUUCAGAAUUACAAAUAACAACCUGGUUUGGAAACUCAUAUUCUGCUGUUGGGCCAUUGCUUUCUGUGUUGUGGUCACUCCAGUGACACUGACUGUCAAGUUGCCAUUCUGUGGACCCAACAAACUAGUUCAUUUUUUUUGUGAACAUUCCACAGUGAUAAAGUUAGCUUGUGGAGACCACCUCAUCAGCACUUACACUGGCCUCAUUGUAAGUCUCUUAGUCAUGGUUGCCCCCUUGUUUUAUGUUGUUUAUUCCUAUAUAAAGAUUCUUAAGUCGGUUUUUAAAAUUGAGAGCUCACAUGGUCGACUGAAAGCCCUUUCAACCUGCAGCUCACACCUUCUGGUCCUUUCAGUUUUCUAUCUCAUUGGUUCAGGUGUCUUAAUUUUGAGCAAAAUUCCGAAUAGCCCUGUAGAUGUGCAUAUCAUGGCGGCACUCCUCCAGAAUGUCACGCCACCCUUAGUGAACCCGAUAAUCUACUGCCUGAACACGAAGGAGAUGAAGGCCCGUUUCAUGAAGUUGCUAACAUUAAAAAGGAUAUCUCCUCACAGACAUUAA